AUCGUCGGGCGAAUCGACCUCGCCGUUGCUCAGACGCCGGAGACGACGACGACGACGAGGAAGAGAUGACGGUGUUCCACUUCCUCAACUGCGCCGUCCUCACCUUCGGCCCCCACGUCGUCUACUACUCCGCCACCCCCCUGUCAGAGUAUGAUACGAUUGGCACUAGUGUAAAAGCAGCUGUUGUUUAUCUUGGAGCAGCACUUGUAAAGCUUGUUUGUUUAGCAACGUUCCUCAAAGUACCUGAUGCGAAUGAUAGCUUUGAUCCCUACCAGGAAUUAAUGAAAAUCCUAAUUGGGUUUAUAGAUGUUGCUGGCCUUUAUUUUGCUAUGACACAGUUGACCCACAGAAACAUCUCCCAGAACCAUAAGUUCCAGGCUGUUGGUCUUGGCUGGGCUUUUGCUGACUCAGUUCUGCACCGUCUUGCACCUCUCUGGAUUGGGGCACGAGGGCUUGAAUUUACUUGGGAGUACAUCUUUCAAGGAGUUGAAGCAAAUGCCAAUCUUGUGAUGACCCUUUCCCUGGCUGCAUUAGGAUCCUUGAUGUGGCUGAGGAAGAACAAACCGAAAACUUUAAUUCCAAUAAUUUAUGCAUGUGCUCUGCUUCUGGCAACAAUGCCAUCAAUCACCAGUUACUUGAGGAGAUCAUUAGAGUGGCAGACUCCCAAGGUGGUCGGCUUCGAGCUCUUUUCCUCGCUGAUUAUGGCUUUCAUCAGCUGGCAGCUGUUCUCUGCUUGUCAGAGGCCGAUGUGAUGAACGGAAGAACUGCAGAAUUUACCAAUUACCAGAGAUUUGACGCUCCUGAGAAGAUCUUUUUGUACUUCGGCAAAAUUAGGAUGAUGCUUUGAGACUUGCAUGUCUCAAUUGCAGAACAUUUUACUUUAUUUGUCGGCUAUACUGCAGAAACACGUGAUCUAAGAUGCCACUACUGUAACAGACGCUCUUCUAAGAAUCGAGCUGUAUCACCA